CACACGCACACACACACACGCACACACACACACACACACGUGGUUUCCGUAGUGCGCGUGCAGGAGUGACAUUCCCCAGCAACAUGGCGGCUUCCAGUCUGUUGUCCUCUCUCAGAUCACACAUGUCUAAGGUGAGGUUAGCGGGGUGUGUGGCGUGUGUGCAGUGUAUACACACGGGGCGCUCCAUGUUCUCCGCUGAUAAAGCUCUGCUGGUGAAACUGCGCAAGACUACAGGCUACACCUUCAUCAACUGUAAGAAAGCUCUGGAAAAGUUCGACAAUGACAUCACACAGGCAGAACACUGGCUCCAUGAUCAGGCUCAGAAGGAAGGCUGGAGUAAAGCAAGUAAACUGGAGAACCGUAGAACCUCAGAGGGUCUGAUUGCUCUACUGAGGAAGGAGAACGCAGCUGUUAUGGUGGAGGUGAACUGUGAGACUGAUUUUGUAGCGAGGAAUGAGACAUUUCAGCAGCUCGUGCAGGACGUUGCCUUCACUACAAUGGAGCACCAUCAGAGCAGAAAGCAGACUGGAUAUAUGAAGAGUGUGAUGUCUGCUGAGGAUGUGUGUAAUCUUGCUACUCCUGAUGGUUCCUCUGUUGCACACCAGCUGGCCCUCUCUAUAGGGCGUCUGGGUGAGAAUAUUUCAGUGAGACGGGCAGUAUCUAUAGGCGUGCCAUCUGAGUGGCAUGUGGGGUCAUAUGUACAUGGGGCGGUAUUGGGGCAAAGUGGUGUGCCAAUGGGGCGCUACGGAGCUCUUGUGGUGUUCCAGGGUGGACCUGAGGGGCAGGAGGAGGUACUAGGUAGAAAACUGGGGCAGCACGUUGUGGGUGAGUCACCUCUGAGCCUGGGCAAUAUAGGGGACGUAUCAUGUGGAGAAUCAGAGACACGCCUCAUAUCUCAGAACUUCCUGUUAGAACCUCAGUACACAGUUGGACAGUACCUCGCUCUGCAGAACGCUCAGGUUCUCGACUUCAUACGCUUUAAAUGUGGAGAGGAGACGCAGUAACGCCACGCAUCAACACUGAUGUUCCAGCUGAGUGUGAAUGUAACCAACACUGUUCAUAAACAUGAAAUAUUUCCUGUAUUUUGUGUCAGUGUUUAAAAUCUGUGCAUUGAAAAUAAAACUUUUAUAUGUCA